UUUGCCCUUUGGCGCUCGUAUCAACAAAUUCCUUCCAGCAUGACGCACCACACGUACCACUUGGACACGCACCGCAAGAAGGUCGUGCUCGUCGGCUCGGGCAACUGGGGCUCGGCCAUCGCGCGCAUCGUCGGCGACAACAUCACGGCCAACCCGCAGCUCUUUGAGCCCACGCUCAACAUGUGGGUCUUUGAGGAGAUGGUCAACGAGCGCAAGCUCACGGAAAUCAUCAACACGGAGCACGAGAACGUCAAGUAUCUCCCGGGCUACAAGCUCCCGACCAACGUGGUCGCGGUCCCGGACCUCAAGGAGGCGACCAAGGGUGCGCAUAUUCUCAUCUUUUGCGUGCCGCACCAGUUCCUCGGCCGCAUGCUGCCGCAGAUCAAGGAGCAGGGCCUCGAAUCCGACUGCUGCGCUGUCUCGCUCAUCAAGGGCAUCGACUUCAACGACAACGGCGUCGUCCUCGUCUCCAACAUCAUCCGCGACGCGCUCAACAUUGACUGCUCCGUGCUCAUGGGUGCCAACGUCGCCAACGAGGUCGCGGCCGGCGACUUUUGCGAGUCGACGCUCGGCUGCUCGGGCAUCCAGGAAGGCGCGCUCUUGCAGCACCUCUUCCACGCGCCGACGUUCCACGUCAACAUUGCGAUGGACCCGAACGGCGUCGAGCUCUGCGGCGCGCUCAAGAACGUCGUCGCGCUCGGUGCUGGCUUUUGCGACGGCCUCGGAUACGGCGGCAACACCAAGGCCGCCAUCAUUCGUCUCGGCUUGAUCGAGAUGAAGAAGUUUUGCUACCGCUUCUUCGAUGGCAUCAAGGAAGACACGUUCUUUGAGAGCUGCGGCGUCGCGGAUCUCAUCACGACGUGCUUUGGCGGCCGCAACCGCAAGUGCGCCGAGCUCUUUGUCAAGGACCACGGCGUGACGUGGGAGACGCUCGAGAACACGGUGCUCAACGGCCAGAAGCUCCAGGGCACGUGGACGGCGAAGGAAGUGUUCCACAUUCUCGACAAGACGAACGCGCUCAACGAUUUUCCGCUCUUCGUCGCCAUCUACCGCAUUGCGUUCGAAGGCGCCAACCCCAAGACGAUCACAACUCUCUAAGUUAAACACCACCACCCACAAUCAAUCAAUUCAUGCAUCCACCCUCA